AUGAUCGAGGCCACGCCGUCGGACGCGACAUCAGGCGCUGACCAAACCUCUCUCUCUCUGUUGGCGAAUCAGCGAAUUUGCGGCAAAGGCAGCAGAGGAAGGCGAACGAAGAAGUGCUCUCCCCUGUCUCGCGCAGUGAGCCUCAAAACGACGCAAGCUGUACAUACACUCGGAGCAUGCGCCGACGCAACCCACGCGAGGCGGCGCUACCGAUCUUUUGACAUAACUCCAGCUCUUCCUCGCGUGCAAGGUUGCCGAGGAAGAAAGUGGAAAGUGGUAUCUUUGAAAGAAUUUUACGAGAAAGCGUGA